AUGUUGAGGUACUUCUUCGGCGGGCCGGAGAAGCCACCUCCUCCGCCUAUUGACCCAAAGCCUUGGGACGGCUUCCACCAACUCGUCGAGGUGCCAGACGGCACGACACAAAUUCCCCGCAACGCCUUUCACGCCAAGUCGUGCCUGCAACGAGUCACACUCCCGAACUCGCUCGUCUAUAUUAGUAAAGGCAGCUUCAUGAACUGCAGCGGGCUCCUGUCGAUUGUCAUUCCUGCCGGCUGCUCUGUCGAGCAGCACGCCUUCCAGAAUUGCGGCGUCAGGUCUGUACUCCUUCCCGCCGGCCUCAAGGAGAUCAGACAAGGCACGUUCGUCGGAUGUAAGAGACUCCGGGACAUCAACAUUCCCGCCAGUGUGGAGCGCAUCCACCGGACCGCCUUCCUCUGGUGCCACGACCUGAACCACAUCCGCCUUCCCGACGGCCUCAUCAGCAUCGGAAGAUCGGCCUUCUCCUACAACAGCUCCCUCGCGUCCAUCACCUUCCCCGCCAGCCUCACGCUGAUCGAGCACAGCGCCUUCUCGAGCUGCAGCGCCCUCAAGCAGGUCGUCGUCCCGACCACCACAGAGAUUGCGGACCGCGCCUUCCAUCCGUGCACCAGGAUCGUCCGCCUCCCACCCGCACGGAUGCGCGCGCGGCAGAACUGGCACGCGGCGGUCGACGCGGCGCUCGCCUACAAGCGCUGCCGCCCUCAGCUCUACGGCUGGCUCGAGCGGGCGCAGAACCGGCUCGGGUCCUAUGGCCCCGACGGCGCGGCGCGCAAGCGCGACCGCGAGGAGUUUGAGCGCGACCGGCUGCUCUCCCCGUUCGUCACGCGGGCAAGCUCGAGUGAGGAGCAUGCUGGCCAAGGGUCGCUAAUACGAGCUGCAAGUGCCUCUUCAAGUGGCCUCGUUCCUCGGCCCUCGGUCCGCUUCGCCGCCGGACUCGACGUCGUCGUACGAAACGAGCUACGCGGGGGGGCCGCAGACUCACUUGGAGUGGAGCCUCUACGACGAGAGCGCCGCCCCUCUCGGACAGUUCACCCUCGCCUGCGCGCCUUUGGGGUGGGUGGGUCAUUAGGAAUGGUCUGUCGGGGCCACAUGUCUGGUGUUUACUAGCUCCGAGUAGAGGGGGCGUUCUGCUGCUAGGGGAAACCCGGAGCGCGGUACUAGCCCCUGACUCUGUCUCUGAGCCGCUGCGCAGUCGGCCUAGUUUGUUUUGUGUUUAUUAGCCAAACUGUUAGCCGUCA